AUGACCACCCGCACCACGAGGGUCGGCGCUGCGCUGCUCGCGCUCGCGUCGACAACAGCCGUCGCGUCCGCCAACCCGGACCUGACGUUCGACCACUUCGCGUUCACCGGCAUGAUCACCCAGCCGACGCUCAUCACCUUCGAAUGGGAAGCCGACGUGAUCAACAUCGGCGACAUGCCCAUCGACCUCUUCGGCGACGACGGCACACCCGACGACGUCAUCAUCCAGACCUUCCUCUCCGACACCCCGGACGCGAGCGGGACGCUCCUCGCCUCCGGCGGGAGCAACUUCGGCACGCCUCCGCUCAUCCUCGGACCGGGCGAGAUCGGCUCCCUGGCCUUCGCGUCCAACACGGCCAACCUCCCGGACCCCGGACAGCUCGGCAACUUCCAGUGGCUCGUCCUGGACAUCCUCAACACCACCGAGGACCCCUCCAAGCUCGACAACAACCGCCUCAUCAUCUUCCUGCCGACACCCGGGGCCGCGACCCUCGCGGGCAUCGCCGGUCUGAGCCUGCUCCGACGCCGCCGCGCCCGACCCGGCACCCCCGCAUCCCGCCCGGAGCACACGAUGAGCGAUUCACCGCCGCCCCCCCGCGCCACGCCGGUCCCCGCGUCCCCGUACAACGAGAACAACUUCUUCCGCUCCGAUCGCGUGAUCGUCGCCCAGAUCCUCUACCGGCCGGAAGUCUUCAGCAAUCUCUACUGGACCGCCUACGGGCUCAUCAUCGGCGGCGUCGUGACCGCGAUCUUCCUCAUCGGGAUCCCCGUCAUCUUCGCGGGCCUCGUCUGCUGGUACAUCCUCAUGUACAAGUGCUGGAAGCAGAUCAGCGACGGCUACCAGCGCACCACCCCGGGCCUCGCCGUCGGCCUGUGCUUCGUGCCCUUUUUCAACCUCUACUGGAUCUUCGUGGCCAACUGGGGGCUCGGCAAGGACAUCAACGCCUACAUCCGCCGCCACAACGUCCAGACACAAUUCGUGAGCGAGGGCCUCGGGCUCGCGGCCACGAUCCUGUUCGUCUGCGCCGCGAUCCCGUACAUCGGCCUGCUCAUCUCGAUCCCCGCGCUCAUCGUCGGCAUGGUCUUCUACGGGCAGGUGAAAUCCGCGUCGUCGCGGAUCGCGCUCGCCAAGAUCAACGGCGAGAUCCCGCAACGCAUGACCGUCAACACCAAGAAAGCCGAGCGCCGCAACCUCGCGUUCGGCUCGUUCGACGACGUCCUCGCGGACAUCGACCGCAUCGAAACGGCGCACAACGAGCGAACCCUCCGCCACACCGGCAACUGGACCGCGGGCCAGAUCUACUGGCACUGCGCGGAGCUGAUGCGGAGUUCGAUCGAGGGCUUCCCGCCGAAUUCGAAACCACCGCUCGUGCUGCGGCUCUUCGCGAAGCUCAUCAAAAAGAAAGCGGUCUCCCCGGGCGGCGAGCCGCCGGCGGGCUUCAAGCUCCCCAAGUCGCUCGAAACCUUCGAACCCGGCCCGCACGUGCCCUUCGAGCAGGGCGCCGAGCGCCUCCGCGGGUACAUCGCCGAUGUCACCACCGGCGGCCAGCGCAUGGAGCAGCCCAGCCCGCUCUUCGGCGACAUGAAUCACGAAUACUGGACCAACAUCCACGUCGGCCACUGCCAGAUGCACUUCUCCUUCCUCCACCCGAAGUAA